UUGCUCACCUUGGUCUUUGAAUCGCCCAACAGAAGCUGAUUGGUCUGAAAAGGAAGCUCAUAUACCCCAGCUACUAUAAAUCAUCUUAAUUAGCCCAGAGCUUCUACUUAUAGAUCCAAAUGCAGGGGUGAGCUUUCACUUUCUGUGACAUAUGGCGUAUGGGGAAGAUGUGUCGUGUCGUACUACUGUGUGCUGCAACUGGAGAGAAAACAGUUUGGGUUUAUGGAGGUUUGGAAUGUGUGGGACCCGUCAGAGGCUGGUUUUCCUGCUGUUACUGUCCAGCAGAUUCCUGCAGACCGACAGAUUGUGUGCUUGUUCACAGCAGCAGAGAUUAAAGCACAGCUGUGGUUUAUUCACCACCUCAUGUUCUUUAACAAAGAGAGUGGAGAGCUCAUUGUUGAGAACCUUCCUGUUUUACUGGCUUUUUGCUGUGUUAGGAUCAAACUAACCUAUUCUGAGGGAAGCUAACUAUUAGUUCAAAAAAUGGGAGUGUAGGACAUGUAGAGGUUUUAAAUUAAAACGCAAUUUUAAGAAGAAAUGCAUUUCUCAUACCCACCCAACUGCUUAGUGUUGUGACUACAGUAUUUCUACCUCCCUGGAAUUAGAAAUGAAGCAUGUUGCAGGAUGUUCUAGAGCAAUUCUUAAACUUUUUCUAUCUGCAAGCUUAUUCUGCCUGAGAAAUAGAAGGCAUGAUCAUCAAGUUUGCAGAUGACACCAAAUUGGGAGGGAUAGCCAAUACUCCAGAGGACAGGAGCAGGAUUCAAAACGAUCUUGACAGAUUAGAGAGAUGGGCCAAAACUAACAAAAUGACAACAGUGACAAAUGCAAGAUUCUCCACUUAGGCAGAAAAAACAAAAUGCAAAGAUACAGAAUGGGGGACAAUGCCUGGCUCGAGAGCAGUACAUGUGAAAAAGAUCUUGGAGACCUCGUGGACAACAAGUUAAACAUGAGCCAACAAUGUCAUGUAGCAGCAAAAAAAGCCAGUGGGAUUUUGGCCUGCAUCAAUAGGAGCAUAGUGUCUAGAUCCAGGGAAGUCAUGCUACCCUUCUAUUCUGCUUUGGUAAGACCACACCUGGAAUAUUGUGUCCAAUUCUGGGCACCACAAUUGAAGAGAGAUAUUGACAAACUGGAAUGUGUCCAGAGGAGGGUGACUAAAAUGAUCAAGUGUCUGGAGAACAAGCCCUAUGAAGAGCGGCUUAAAGAGCUGGGCAUGUAUAAAUAUGCGAGAGGAAGUCACAGGGAGGAAGGAGCAAGCUUGUUUUCUGCUUCUCAGGAGACUAGGACAUGGAAAAAUGGCUUCAAACUACAAGAAAGGAGAUUCCAUCUGAACAUGAGGAAGAACUUCCUGACUGUGAGAGCUGUUCAGCAGUGGAACUCUCUGCCCCGGAGUGUGGUGGAGGCUCCUUCUUUGGAGGCUUUUAAACAGCGGCUGGAUGGCCAUCUAUCAGGGGACCAUCUUUCACACACACACACACAUAUAUACAUACACACACAUACACACAGGUAUAUAUAGAAUCUAGGAUAUGGAGGGCCCACUGUGUACAUUUUGUGCAGACACCCUGUAUUUGUUCAUUUAAUAUACUUCUAGCUGAAAAUACCAGAGGAAGCUCAACUAUAUAAACAUCUUGGUGGUCCAAUUUUACCAGAUCAUUUCAAUGUGAGGCUCAUCCCUCUUCCUGAGCCUAGUCUACAUUACUGCAUUUCUGAAAAUGCUUUGAAAGACUCUUAGAAUAUGUGUUGACCUGCCUCGAAAUAGGUUUUGUCCAUUUUCAAAAACAACUAGUUCAACACAAUUUGACCGUUAGUUUGCACUAUGUUUACAACCUCAUGUGAGGCUCAGUUUUUCGUUUGUGGCUUGAGAACUUCCAAUAUGACUUACAAGCCUCAUGUGAUAACAUCCCUAGUCUCUGCAGCAGCAGAAAACAAGCUUGCUCCAUCUUCUAUAUAAUAUCCCUUCAGAUAUUUAAAGAUGGCUAUCAUAUCACUGCUCAGUCUUCCUUUCCCUGAGAGAAACGUGGCUAGGUCACUAAGUUGCUCCUCAUAGGGCUUGGUUUCCACAUUUUCCAUCACCUUGGUUGUCCUCCUCUGGAUAUAUUCCAGCUUGUGAAUGUCCUUCAUGAGCUGUGGUGUCCAGAAAUGGGCACAAUAUUCCAGGUGAUGUCGGAAGUGGCAUUAUUACUUCCCUUGCGGGACACUGUACUCCUGGAAUUAUGAGGAAUAUCUAGAAAGUUAAGUUACAAAAUUCGUUAAAAAUACAAAUAAUCAAUAUAUUUUAAUAAAACUUACAUGGAUUAUAGAAUAGAUAUUACAUUAUUUUUCCACAUAAUCACCAUUCAGUUCAAUACAUUUUGUCAUCCGUGCUGAGAUUUUUCAUGCCUGUGUCAUAGAAGUUUCCCUCCACCUUUUUCAGCCAGUUCGUCACUUUGAUUUCUACCUCAUCAUCAUUGGAAAAGUGUUUUCCACCAAGGUGUUUCUUCAAUUUAGUGAGCAGAUGAUAGUCACUGGGUGCGAGAUUGGGACUGCGAGAGGGCUGGCAUAAAACAUCCAAACCAAAUGAAAUCAACAACUCUUGUGUUGCAAGAGCGGUGUGCAGACACGCAUUGUCAUGAAGGAGACAGACUCCCACCGUCAGCAUCCAUGAUGUUUGUUUUUGAUGGCUCGGCAAUUUUUUUUUGUGCUCUGACAAUAUUUUGUAGCAUUGAUUGUUUCACCUAUUUCCAAAAAAUCAAUGAGCAGUACCCCCUUUCUGUCUCAGAACACUGAUAUCACAAUUUUUCUCGCAAUGAAUCGCAGCAGCAUUCAUGCCUUUAGCAUUUAGGUAGCGUAUUACAGCGCGAACUUUGCACUUGCCAGGAAACGGAAUGAGGAUGCUUAUCUCUAACCUUCACCACAAUGUCAGUCAAUGAGCUACUGACGACUGGCACUGCUCAUUUGCUUCCGCUGGCUUCCCGCUACACAGCAGUGAUAUCAACUUCCCCCGUGAAUAUUCUCUGCAAGAGCUAUAUGCCUUGUAACCUUACUUUCUGGAUAACCCUUCUAUAUUGUGUUUUUAGCUACUGCCUCCCCAUGAUAAUUCAUGUUUAGCUUGCAUUCUACUAAGAUCCAUACAUCUUUUUCAUACAUACUGCUUUCAAACCAGCAGUCACCUAACCUGUAGCCCCUGGUGGCACAAUGGGUUAAACUCUUGUUGGAGGUUCAAAUCUGGGAAGAGCAUGGAUGAGCUCCCUCUGUCAGCUUCAGCUCCCCAUGCAGGGACAUGAGAGAAGCAUCCCACAAGGAUGGUAAAACAUCAAAAACAUCUGGGCGUCCCCUGGGCAUUGUCCUUGCAGACAGCCAAUUCACUCACACCAGAAGCGACUUGCAGUUUCUCAAGUUGCUCCUGACAUGAAAUAAAUUGUCCUGUAUUAGUACAUUUCCUUUUUCCUACCUUAUAUUCAUCCCUCUUGAAAUUAAUUUUGUUAGUUUUGAAUCAGAGAACUGGAGAACAAACUUUUCAAAAGUGCUGCAAAACAGAACCACCCGGAGUUUAUUACAACAUAUCAACCAGAAGGUGGCAGCAGAAGGGAAGUUUUGAGAAGAGUGAUUCUUUGUGCAACUUCAAGGGGUCUGGAAUUCAUAAAAAAAACAAAACCCCAACCUGCUCAGAAGAGACUGCUCUCGCCCAUUCAUUCUUGCACAGGCUCUAUUUUCAUUCAGCUUGUGUGAGAUGAUGUGUUUCCAUUCUGCACACAGAUGCUCUUAUGGAUUAAAUUAAGAGAGGGUUUAGGUAACAGCUUUGAUGAAGAUGUGUUGUACUAAACUUGUGCCUCACUCCCACUGGGAGUGUGUUUGUGUAUAUUCAUUGAUUUAUAGAUGGUGCAAUCAUUAUGACAUCCAAUAUUGGAAAGAAAAGAAAAUAUCAGGUCAUGCAAAUACAAGGUCUAAUUACUGGAUUUGUAAUGGAGAAUAACAUUAAAUCCUUACUCAGUGCUAAUUGAAUAUUAAGGCACUAGUUCUUUGCCCACGCUAAAUGAUCACCCCCCAAGGAAACUGGUACGAUUGCAAUAUAACCGUUAUCUUUUUGUACCAAUACUUGUUGAUCCAUGAAAGUGAAAAUUAGCCUUCUAAUACCAACAAAUUUAGUAUUUUACAUUAAGGUUGUUAGGCCAAGUGGUUUUUCAGUCUGGCCUUGGUUUUUACCCUAAGAUGAUCUAUAGAUGUGAUAGACAACUAAUGAUCAGUCAUUGCUGGUGGCUUAUAUAUCAGUGGGGCAAUGAAUCUGUUCUAGGAUUUGGUCUGAACUUUAAGGGUGCCAUCCAAGGCAACUGAAUCUAUUUUGAUGAUGAGGUUCAGCACUUUGGCUACUUUCUCUAAAUAAUAAUAACACUGUUUGUAUUCCGCCCUAUCUCCCUGAGAGGAUUCAGGGCGGAUUCCAGCAUAUAUACAAACACAGGCAAAUAUUCAAUGCCUUGAAACAAUGAAACACAAAUACACAGACAAAGGCAAAGGUUUCUUCUUUUAUCUCCAGCUCUGGAGGUAGUGCCCAGUUCUGGCUCUGGGUGAGGUGCUCAUCUCCAUUUCCAACUGAGAAGCCUGCAUUGUCCGUAGACACCUCCCAGGUCAUGUGGCUGGCACGACUGCAUGGAGCGCUGUUUACCUUCCCACUGAGGCGGUACCUAUUGAUCUACUCACAUUGGUAUAUUUUCAAACUGCUAGGUUGGCAGGAGCUGUGUCAGGAUGGUGUCCCUACCAGCUUAGAACGAGCUGCUCCGUCCACCCCGUGACAUGGAGGUUGAGAGGGGGAGGAGGGAAGAUAGAGAGAAGCACAUCUGAGAUAAGGGCCAUCUGAACUGGGGAGAAUAGAAACUGUAGGUUAGCCUUGGGAAUGGAAUGUAGGCUGUAGAAGGCUACAUUUUGAUUAUGAGGUUCAGCACUUUGGCUACUUUCUCUAAAUAAUAAUAACACUAUUAGGGUGAUAUACAGUACUGUCUUCCUAUCAUUUAUGGUAAGGCGGAAAUAAACCUGUAUCCAAGAUUUGCCUUUGGGAGCGUGCUUUUAUUGCAAUAGCUUCCAAAUGCUGACAGCUGGGGUUAACAGCGGGAGCUCACUCUAUCCCAUGGAUUUGAACUGCCAACCUUCAGGUCAGCAAGUUCAGCAGCUCAACAGUUUAACCCAUUGCGCCACUGCAGCCCUACUAAAGUCUAGACUAAAUACAGAACUGGACUGCUACCUUACCAACAUGGACAACUACCACAUGCCACUGCAUGUGACCAUCUAGAUGUUCUUGGACUACAACUUCCAUCAGCUCUCACUAUUGGUUAUGCUGGUUAGUAUCAAUGGGAGAACACUUUUCAUCUCUCCAUUAUAGAGGGUUGACCAGUCUGGCCACCCAAUUGGAUAGUUGAAUGACUACUUAGACGCUUAGUGAUGGGCACUGAACACCUUGCAUACCCAGAGCGGACUGUUUCAUCAUAUGAAUUAGGUGUGAUAAACUUCAUCAGUGUGCCUAGAAUUAAAAACAAAACAAAAAUCUAGAACCUAGAGUGUUCUUUCAGAAAUUCUAUUUUUUUACCAUAUUUUCUGUCAUCUAAUAUCCUUGCUGUUGUUCUUCCUCCCAAAGUAUGCUAAUGUUCUUCUUAAUUAUUGGGGGUGGGUUCUGAUACACAAGUGCCAUUCAGCUACUGUGGCUCAUCAGGGGAAUGUGCUGGUUCACAUGUGGAUGCCUUUGUCUGUGGGAUGCACCACGGUAUUAGAUAUGUGUGUCCAAUCCUUUUGCCUCCUUUAGUUUGCUUUUGUUUUCAGUCAUAUUUGUAUUGUCACAUUCUGCUUCUAUUUCUUCUGACACUUAGCAAAUACAUGGGAGUUUUAAAUUUUAGUUUAUUUCUUUCUGGAAUCAAUAAAUAAUAGUUUAUUUCUUUUUGGAUACCAGAAACAAAAAGAAUGGCCCCUAUCACUCAGAAAUCUGUUGGCAGAGCAACACAAACGGUGCCUCUAGAAGGCCCUAUUGAUCUGAGUUGUUUACAGGUCAGCUGGAGGCAAUGAAUCUGGUGUUCCAUUGCUUCUGGUUCACAUGCAAAUAAAUGGAUCAACAGAGCUACUUAAGGCUUGCAGAAAAGAAGCACAUACUAUAAGCGUUUUGCUAUGAAUCACUUCCUUUGUGGCCAUCUUCUAUGACUGCAAUCGGGAUCGGCUUGAACCUGGUUGCCAUGGUUUUUACUAGGAAAGGAUGAGAGCACCCCGAGGAUUUGGCCCGGCAUAUAUAUCGUAAGCCCAGCCCUGUCUUGGGAUAUGCAAAGCAAGCACAGUACUUAAGGGCUUUAGGGGGAUUUGCCGAGGUAUGUCUCAGGUCUCUGGUAUGUACAGUGGGAUGAGUUGAAUUGUUAUGAGAGCCUGAACUCCGGCGUGUAUGUGGCUAAUGCUGUAAUUUUAACAGAAGCUUUUCAGAUGAACAUCUUUUCUUUAAUCUAAGAGGGUCAGGAAAGCUUAGAAGUGAUAAUGUCAGCAUUAUUUCAAACUUGUUAAUUUUUUUAAAAAAUGACAGGAGUCUUUCUUUUGUGGGUUUUGAUGUGAGUCUGUCUGCAUUUCUGAAAACUCAUCCCUCAGAAAAAGCUCCCUUCACUCAUGUGGCAUCAAUAUAACAUAUUGCAGAUGUGAAGGGGGUGUGUGCAUAUGCUUUCUUCUUUAAAGAUGUCAGUGAGAUGGACUUUAGCCUCAAAACGUUAUCAUGCCUAUCGGACAGUAAAAGGGAGGAAGGGUAGAUUUCAGAGAAACAUAAACCAGGAAAAGUCUGAUCCAAGGUAUUCUCCAGUGAGGAGGUUUAGGACAGAGAUGCAUGAAAGAAAACUAGUUUUGGCUAUUUGGGAUUGUUUGCUUGCCGUAUCAGCAUGAUGGUAUGACCAGAUAAGGAGCUAAAUCCUUCAGGAAACAAGAGAGAUCAUAACAAAAUAUACAGAUUAUCAGAAGGCAACAAAACUGCAGAGUUUGUUAGAAGAACAAGAAGAUAUUUGGAAGGAGUACUAACUUGUGUAAGAACAAAACCUGUAAAAAAAACCCAACAAAUAUUUUGGGAAGAAAACUCUGUCAAGGAAGCAUGGUGUAAUAAGAGUCUUGCAACACUCAAACUACUGAAAUUGAACAAAAGAACUGCUUCUGACCCAAUAGCGAAGUAUCUGAAGGACAUGCCAUUGAAGUUGUGCUGGAGACUCCCGAAGAAAGCAAGAUAGUUCCUAAAUCAAAAUUGCUGGCGUAUUUGAGCUCUAGUUUCAACCACCAAAUUUUCUGGCAGGGGCUUCAGACGUCAUGAGAUCAUAAACACCAUUUAUGCUCUCAUCCUAUUUUUGGAAAGAAGCUGUAGUUUUGUAGCUGAAGCUGAUGCACAGAAGCACUGUAAGGGCUUCCAGCAUGAAGUGCCCUUCCAUGGGAAGAAAAGGAGUCCUUGCAGUUGUGCUCUGUGCUCUGGCAGUGAUUUCUGCUUGCAUUGCUCUUGCCGUGUUGCUGACGGUCAACAAGAAGUCUGCACAACAAGAUCCAGGAGUCCAGCCGGAUUUCUCUACAGGUGGAGAUCUGUUGGAUUAUCUGCUCAGUCUAAAGAGAAUAGACAGAAGAGAUGGAUUGCUGGUCACUUGGUACCAUGCUGCAAAUAAAAAGAGUGAGAUGGAAGAGGCCUUAAAGAGUGAUGUCAUGGCACUGGAAUCUGAUGUCACUGUUGAAGGCUACAACACACCCUACGAGACGGGCAAACCCAUCAUGGCCCACCCCCCUGACAUCUACAGUGACAAUUCUUUUGAAGAGUGGCUGACGGCAGUCCUUAAGUCAUCUGAUAAGGCUAUUAAGCUGGAUUUCAAAAACAUCAAGACAGUUGGCCCAUCUCUGGAUAUCUUAGUAAAAGCUUCCUCCGAGCUAAAUAUUAACCGGCCUGUGUGGCUAAAUGCAGACAUUCUAAAUGGCCCAAAUGUACCCAUUAACAUUGCUGUUAAUGCAACCCGGUUUCUCUCACUCAUCCAGGAGAAGUUCCCAAACUGUACUGUCUCCACAGGUUGGACAACCCUCUAUUUGCCUUUCUUUCCACAAAGCACCUAUACGCAGAACAUGGUUGAGAAAAUGCAUAGCCUUGUAGGAAAGCUGCCUCAGCAAAUCACAUUUCCUGUAAGGGCUGUCAUGGUAAGACCGGCCUGGUCUCAUUUGAGCUGGCUUUUGAGUCAGUCCAAAAGGUACAGCCUUACCUUAUGGCAAGGGAAAACUGAUCCAGUUACAGUGGAAGAUCUCUUGUUUAUCCGAAAUAAUAGCCAACCUGAGCAAAUCUAUUAUGACCUUUAUGAUCCUGUUUUGUCUCAAUUCAAAGACAUGGUCUUCACUUCUACAAGAAAUAGUGUUUUUGCCAACCAGACUGAGAUGAGUGCUAAUUAGGGUAAUCUUCAUGGAAUCACAGAGUUGGAAGAGACCACAAGGGCCAUCCAGGCCAACUCCAUGUCAUGCAGGAAGACACAAUCUUGGCACUACCAGCAGCAUCAUAUUGGGAAAGUCAAUGAUUCAUGUGCUAUUUCCAGAAUUUUCCAUUGGUUGUGACCAAUGUCAGACCAUGGUAUUGAAGAACUUGACAAAGUGAGCAUGAAAAUUAGAUUUAAACCCAUUUGGAAUUGAAUGUUGAGAAGAUAUUACUGAAACACCAUCAGUAGAUUUCUAAAUUGCUCAUAGCAAUUCAGGUGUGUGCUCUUACCAAGAACGGCUUUGCCCAGCUUUGAAUGAUGCCGAAUAUAUACAUGGUUAAUCACAUCAGCCUUAGUUAUCUCCUGGUAAGAUUAAUAUGGAAGGUUGUCUUUGAAGUCUGUUGGGAAAAAGGCCUGAUUGCAAAAUGCGGUGGCCAGAUUGCCUUCUAUUGCAUGUUUUUUUGGAACACAGUUCAGCAUUGAAUCCACUGGUUUCUGAGAAAAAUUAAACUGAUGACCCAUACUUUAUGAACUCAUAAAUCAGUAUGUGACUAUCUUAUCUGGAAAGCCAAGUUCUCUUGUAGGAACUUUGCCUUAGUUUAAGAUCUGCUUCCAAAACUGAUCUCUAUGUUCCACUAGCAGAUGUGGCAAAUAAAAAAAUAUUUUGCACACAGCACCACAA